AUGUUGUCGAGGUUUUUGAAAUUAGCGAUUAUUGCAAUUUUUACCAGUCACUUCCCUCGAAACAGUUGCUUUGACUUAAAUUCCUGUCAAAAUAAUGCUCAAAGAGUAGUUCCUGUUGAAGAAAAUGAAUCUAGAGCAUUUUUAUUAAGGGAAAGAGUUGGAAAUCCAAAUCCAGUCUUACCAAACCAUUUCCCAAACGAAAUUUUUUACUCUACAACGGACUAUGUACUUAAAAUUGGCGUUAAGUUGGCAUUUUAUGGAGAUUACAUUAGCUCUGAUUUUAAUUACAUUAGUGUCAAGGAAAAAUACGGGCCAAGGUUAAUAAAUAUAUGUGGUCACUUUGUUCACAAGAACGUGACUCCAAAGUAUACGAUUUUAGUUUCACUUGGUGGGUUGAGCUCUCAUAUGUGUUCACAAGAGUCUGUUAAAUUUUUUAGAAAAUUUGUCAACUAUGUUUCAAGCAUAUAUGGUCUGGAAAUGGUAAAUGAGUCUCAGUUUAUUUUCCUAAAUUGGUUUAAUCUUGUUUAUAAUGAUUCCAGCACCCUUGUAUUCACCAAUAAAAUGAUUAAAUAUUUUUUUAGAAAUCCUAACAAAAAAGACGUUAUUGUUCCGGCAGUAAGUUCAGCCGCUUUUAUAAACAAAUUGCUCCGUAUAGGUGUGAUUCCAUCGUUAUCUAAUACUGGAGCAUAUGGAUUAUGUAUAGGAGCGUUGAACAUUGCAAUUGCAUCAUUACUAAUUAAGGAAGAUAUAAAGGUUGUUGUUCUUAACGCACCAUCAUUUUUUAAAAAAGAUUAUCUUGAAGGUGUAGUAAGUAAUACAUUAAAGAGAAUUUUAACAACAAAGUACUUUCUACUUUGUGGAAAACGUGAUCGAUUAUUUCAUUACAAAAGACAUGGUAAGGGAUUGUCCAAGUUUCUACUCAACUACUCAGACUAUGUUAGAUAUAUAAAACUUGAUGCAGAUCAUGAGGAACUCAUUAAUAACUAUAUUUAUACAGGUAUUCGAAUAAUCGCUACUGCUUUACUGAACAAAGAAUAUACAAUUUCAUAUAUUACUACUAAAGAGUAUAGUAAAAUUCCCAAGUCAUUUUCUGAAACUCAAUGGUUUAGAUAUGUUAUGUAUUCUCCCAAAAAAGAUGAGCGUUUAAUGUAA